AUGGGUUCCAUCAUCUCUGCUAUCGGCGGUGCCAUCAACUCCAUCAUCUCUGCCAUCGCAGGCGUUAUCGAGACCGUCGUCGGCGCCAUCGUCUCUGUCCUCCUAGCCAUCUGGGACUUCUUCCUUUGCAUCAUCUGCUGCCGCUGCGGCUCACGGGGAGGCGCGCGCGCAGGCGGACGAAGGUCAAGGAGGCGAGGCGGCGCGGCGACGUAUUGA